AUGAUUGCUGAAUUGAUGCGUCUCUACAAGAGCAAGGAGAGUCUGAUCCUCACUCUAAACGCGCUCUGUAAGAUGGUCAAGAAUCGCUUCCGCGAUGCAUUUGGAUACUAUAAUGCUGUAAGAAAGGUACUUAGCAAGCAGAACAAGUCGGAGAAAUUGGAUAAUGAGCUGACUCCUGAAGAAGAGAAGAAAUAUAUUAGCUACGAGGAACUGAUGUCUGUUCCGCAGAAAGUCAAGAAGAUCCUUAUGGAUACAUACGGUGAGGUCUUUCUUUCCAACAACGAGCUCAGUAAACUUACCAAGGCGAAGAGCCUUGCAUAUCUACGGCUUGUCUUUGACUAUGUCACUCUAUAUCUCAACGUCCAUUAUCCGCUGCGUCUCGUAUGGCCAACGGUAUAUUUGCGACCCGUCGACGCGGGUAACUAUCUUCAAGGGACAAAGCUACAUUUGAACAACUUCAAGAACGUUCGCCUGAUGGGUGCGCAAGUUAUUGACCUAGACGGAUCCACGAUCAACCUCAUUGCACAAUUUCUUCACUUCUUAAUCAAUUCUCUUGGACAAACACCAACAAAACUUCUUUGGCGCGUUUACAACAAUAGUCCAGGCGAAUACGAUAGUAAUAAUGGAUUCAGUUCAACUCUCUCAAAGCUUUUCGUAAAAUACAAUGGAAAGCCGAUGAGCAUGAACAUGAUCCGUCACAUUGUUGAAUCACAUCUGAUCCAAUCACCAACGUAUGCGAAGCUAACUAAUCGAGAGAAACAUGACCUUCACGCUAAGCUACUCCAUAGCACGUUUGCUGCCAACACGAGCUACAACAAGAUUGCAAACAGAUCCACAGCACCAGAGGUUAGCGAGGAAGCUCCUGACUUCUCAUAUGAGCCAACGCCUCAACCUCCAUCACCUGCUAAGCCGCAAACAUGCUCUAAAGCACGUAGGGAACGCAUAUUCCAUGGAGAUUUCACUCCAACAGGCAGUGAUAAAUCACUUGAAAUUGAAAUAUUCGAGAAGUAA